AGUAUAUAAAGUGGCAUUAAAUGCUCAGAGUCCGAACCAGCUCACAAGGUAUUUAACCUAUUCAAAUCUGACAUUAUCAAAGAGACAAACGGAAGAAAAAAUGGCUGCUACAUUCGAUAAAACCAAGUCAAACUUUCCUCUCGCAGGCAUUGCAAGAGACGGAUGGUCCACUGAGGAUGAAGCAACGGCCACUUGCUUUUGCGGCGCUGUCCAAUUAUCAUUUCCAACCCAAGGUGAAGGCCUAGUCGACACAUUCAUCUGCAACUGCGCCGACUGCCGCAAAAUCACCGCCUCUAUGUUCGUAUCCAACUUCACCAUCGCCGACACGCACCUCAAGCACGUGCGGGGCCAAGAUAACCUAAAAGUCUUCAAGCAGACCUACACCGUAGGUGGAGGCAACACUAGCCGAACCAUGGCGAAUCACUUUUGUUCAACGUGUGGAACGCUUAUGUAUCGAGUGGGAUCGGCGUUUCCUGGUAUGAGUAUCUUACGUAUUGGGACGGUGGACGAUUUUCAUUUGCAUGAGAGCAAGUUGUUUCCUCAGUAUGAGCAGUUUACUAAGAGUCGGGUGAGCUGGUUGCAUGGGGUUGAGGGCGUGAAACAAGUUGAGGGGAGUUAUGGGACUUAA